AUGACCGAAGACUCCCUCCCCUCCUCCUCCCAAACCCUGCCCUCCCCCACCCUCACCCCCCCCUUCCACCGCCGCCUCCUCUCCUCCCUCACCUCCGAUAUCGACGCCCCCGGCUCCACCAACCUCAUCUCCAUCUACGCCUGCUUCCUCACCGGCUUCACCUCCGCCCCCUCCUUCUCCGCCUGCUUCAUCUGGUGCGGCUUCCAGACCGGCAACGUCGCCCAGCUCGGGCUCGCCAUCGCCAGAUGUUUCGCACCGGGGGAAGAGCGGACGGUCGGGUUCCAGAAGCCGGAUCAGCAGGCGUUGACGAGUUUGGUGGCGUUCUGGAUAGGGACGAGUCUGGGCAGGGUUGGGGAUUGGACGGGGGCGAGGAAGAGGAGGUGGUUGGGUUUGGCGACGUUUAUACAGGCGCUGCUGGCUAUGGCUGCGGCGUUGACGAUCCAUUUCUCUGGUGAAUCUGGUCUUGCUAGUAAUCGCGGCUCUCCCAGCUGGCGUACACCACUAGGCAUGACCGGCCUCGCCUUUCUCUCAGCUACCAUGGGCAUCCAAGGUAUCGUCGGAAAGCGUAUAGCCUCCCCAAUGAACACCACCGUCGUCCUAACCACAACCUGGGUCGAAAUCUUCAACGACCCCUUCCUCUUCUCCUUCACAUACGCCCCCUCCCGGGAUAUCCGUAUUAUGGGCGGCCUUGCCGUCUUUCUGGGGGCGUUCGUGUCGAGAGCGAUACUGGAUGCGUCGUCUUCGGCGGGGGUGGUGGGGGUACUGGCGGGGCUGAGAAUGGUGCAGCUUGGAUGGUGGUUUUUGAUUCCGGACAAGGAGGUGAGGAAGGUGGAGACAGUGAACAAGGCGUAA